AUGUCUCUAUAUUAUUCAUAUCUACCACUGUUGUUAAUCAUUAAUUUUGGUAAAAUACUGGCUUGUCCACCAUUUAUUUCAACACUGUGUGCAUGUGAAGAUCUACAGAAUGGAAUAGUGUUAAACUGUUCGAUGAAACAAGAUGCAACUUCAAUUGUUAAAAUCCUUCAAGCGAAACAAAGUGAACUUGGUCUAAUACAAGAAUUAAUAUUUCGUCACACAAAUCUAACAAAUAUUCCAGCGGCAUUUUUUUCUGGUUUAUUUGUAAGAAAAUUGGAUUUAUCCACCAAUCGGCUGAAUAAUAUCAAUCAGAAUGCUUUUAUUGGUAUGAACAGCGUUCUUCAAGAACUUCUUCUUGAUCAUAAUGAGCUUGUCGAAUUACCUUCAACGCCAAUUGCACCACUAACAUCACUGAUUCGACUCGACCUAUCCAACAAUUUAAUUCGAGAUUUACAACCGCAAAAUGCGUUUCCUCCAUUGUUGAAGUUAUUGGAUGUAAAUCUUGCCGAUAAUAAAAUAUGCCAAAUUCAUAAAUCUAUAUUCAAACAAGUCAAACAUAAUUUACGAACAAUAAACCUCGGUCGAAACUGUUUGAAUGAAGUACCUGCUUCUGCAAUUCGAGGCUUUAAACAGUUGACAGCUUUACAUCUCUAUGCGAAUAAUAUAACAAGUCUCAAUGCAUUAUCAUUUAUGAAUCUUCCAUCAUUAAAUCUCCUCAAUUUGGCAUCAAAUCAAAUCGUAAAUAUCCAUCGACAAGCUUUUCUUAAUGUUCCUAAUCUAAGAUAUUUGUACUUGAGUGAAAAUCGCAUCGAUAAGGUAUUACCAAAUCAAUUCACCUCAUUCGAACAACUCGAAUUACUCGAUUUUACAAACAACGACAUUCUCGAGUUAAACGAAAAUACUUUUACUGAUCUAAAAAAUCUUAGGCAACUUUAUCUCGGUGAAAAUCGAAUCACUUUAAUUACUGCAAAUGUAUUCACAAACAGCACAAUUGUAAUACUUGUACUCAAUUCAAAUCGUCUCGUUCAUCUCAAUAAAGACAUGUUUCAAGAUCUGCAAAAAUUGCAACAAAUCGCUCUGAAGAAUAAUCUGAUCGAAUCAAUAGAUCAGAACACUUUUUAUGGAAAUUAUGAAUUGGCGAUGGUUGACCUGAGCAAUAAUAAGUUAUUAGACAUCUCACCAGGAACAUUUUUAAUUCAAAUGAAUUUAUUUCUAAUUGACUUAAGUUAUAAUAGAUUAUUACGAACACCAUAUGGAGCAUUUAAUCGCCGAAUUAAAACUGUUCUUUUACAAGAGAACCCAUUGGUUUGUACUGAACGUGUACAUAUUCUACAGCAAGGAGUUGGUAUGUUCAUACCGAAUAACGAUGAUGUAAUAUGUGGCAGUGCUAAAUCUAUGGCAUCUAUCAUUGAGGAUAACAACUACAAACUUGAUGAUUCGGCUGAUUUCAAUUUAAAUAAUGCCACAGCCAGCAUUAAUAGUACCAACUAUGGCAAUUCCUUUGUACAAGAUUCAAAAUCAACGACUAUCAAUCAAAAUUUACCAUCAAUCAUUCGACCUUUGUCACAAUUAUCCGAGACAACAAAUUCAAAAGAUUCUCAUUUAUUGGAUGAAAAAAUGAUGAUUCCUAUUCGCCCGAUAAAUGCUCCACCGACCGCAAAACCCGUGAAAAUCGAUGAAAUAAACGAUGUAAAUGAAGCUUUUGGAAAAAACGAUGAACGAUUAGUAAUCACCAGAGGACGAGGAAAUUUUGGACUAAACAGAUUUAUUUCUUCAUCUGUGAUAACAACAAUAUGUAUUAGUACUGUUAUUAUUGUUAUGGGUGCUGUAAUUAUUGGCUUAUGCAUAACAAAACAUAAACAAAUCAGUCAAUAUGGACGUGCAUCCUCAAGCGGUGCAACAGAUGCACGAACUGAUGCAUAUGUUGAAGCACAAGCUGCACAUAUGAACAUGAUUUAUGGAACUUCAGCAUAUCGAAACAGAAAAAUGCGAUUUAAUUUUUCAGAAAUCUUCGAACGGACGAUAGUCAAUCGUGGAUAUAAUUUUGUCCUUGACCAUCAACAGCAGUCAAGUCAAAAAUGGAAAUCUUUACGGGGCAGCGACCUUUUUCUUCUUCUUCAACGAAAAUGUCAACUAUUUCAUCAUCAGUACCUAAUGUCUAUUCAAAAGGCUUUUCUUAUUUUCUGCAUAAAAAUUAGUUUAACAGCUGCCCUUUGCCCGAAAUUUUUGAAGAAUCAAACUGCCUGUUCAUGUUUCGCCUAUAUUGAUGGUAUUGUCAUAAAAUGCAAUGGGCCAGAUGGUCCAGCAGUUGUUGAACAACUCAAAUCGAGUUAUCUCGAGGUUCGCGAACUGGCACUCGAAAAUGCAAAUAUCGUCGAGAUCGGACGAAAUGCCUUCAAAAAUUUACGCAUCAAGAAGCUUAUCUUGGAUAAUAACAAAAUCCGAGCAUUACAUCGGGAUGCAUUUAGUGGACUCGAAUCUGUUAUGCAAGAAUUAUCAAUAUCGAUGAAUCGUCUCACAUCGAUUCCAACCGAUUCAUUAAAUGGCAUGAAGGCGUUGAAUGUACUUAAUUUAAAAUGCAACUUAAUCGAAGAUUUAGAGGAAGUCGCUUUUGAGAAUUUAUACAGCUUAAUCGACUUAAAUUUAGCUUGCAACCAGAUAGAACAACUGGAAAAUCUUCAAUUAAUGAAUGUAUCGAGUCUAGCGAUUUUAACCUUAACUGGCAAUAAUAUCAAUAAAAUAGAUGCAAAUUUCAUGCCCGGUGCUGACAACCUAAGAUAUUUAUACAUGGGUAAUAAUAAUUUGACUAGUUUGGAGACCGAAUCACUUGAACAAUUCGGAAAAGUUCAGAUACUUGACCUUAGCUACAAUAGUUUAACAGAAAUAACGGAAAGUAUGUUCUCCACUUUCGAACAACUUCAACAUAUAAAUCUUGAAGGCAAUCUUAUUAAGGAUAUAGCUCCAGGUGCUUUCGCAACUACACCUCUACUAUUGUUAUGGUUGCCAAAUAAUUGUUUAACCUCUAUAUCACCAAAUAUGUUCCAAGGAACACCUUUCCUCAGACAAGUCUCACUUGCCAACAAUAACAUUCGUAACAUUGAGCCACUAAGUUUUGCACAUCUAGCCAAUUUACAUACUCUUGAUCUAUCACAUAACAAAAUUGAAGUUCUCGAAUCUGAAGCAAUUACUGGAUCUGAUCAUCUCACCGUACGACUACAAGAAAAUCCGAUGGUUUGUUUACAAGACGGUUUUCAUGUUAUGAACGGCAAAGAAGCGAUCAAUUUAACAAUUGAACCAAACCUAAUUUGUAAGACAAAUUAUAAAGAAGACACUAUCGAUAAAUGUCCUAAAAAUAUUGAUCAGCGAGCGUCAAUUCCGCCAUGUUGUAAUAUAAUCAAAUCAUAUAAAGAGAUGAAACGAACAGAAGAAGCAGAACUAACCACUGCUAAAGUUCCAUUCACGACAAAUGAAAUUUCAUCUCAAGAUGAAACUACGAUAAAAGUAACAACGAAAGCAAAAAAAAACUCUAAGAAAAUCAACUUGGAACGAUUUCUGAAGCUUUCUCAACAACCUGAUAUCAAUAGAAUGCCAAUAUAUUCACGACGUACAAACUUCAUACCAGUUAAAAGUCAUAUGUUAAGUAUUUAUACACCAGAACCGGAAAAUAUAAAGAUGUAUCGUCCAAUACCAUCAAGAAUUGAACAAAGACAAAAAUUAAUGGCGCAAACUAGAUCACGACUUCCACCAUGGAUUCAAACACAUUCAAAAGAUAAGGAUGAAACGGUGGACUUUAGCUCUGACACCCGAGUGGAAACAGUUAUCAACGACUCAUCACAAUAA